ACGCAGAUUUAGGAGAGGAGAGGAUUCUCCUGCAGGACUGGCGAGGUGAGGGACUUGUCACAAUGCCUGUCAUAAAUGUAGACGACCUGACGGACAAAGACAAGGCUCUGAUGGAAGUCAACCAACUUAAAACUGAAGUCAAACUUCAGAGGUGGUUGACGUCCAAAUGCUGCGAGGAGAUGAAGGACUACAUUCAGGCCGGAGAGGACGAGGACACUCUGGUCAAAGGCAUUUCGGAGGAGAAGAACCCCUUCAAGGAGAAAGGCGGCUGCGUCCUUUUCUAGCCUGAACAUGAAGACUUCUUCACAUUAGCACCUUCUUCCCGCUCUCCUCAAAUGGACUAGAAGGACAAAAGACAGCAGAAAGAAUUGACCAAACUGUGCGUGUAACCCCAGCUUCUAGCUCCAUGUCAACCCUUUCAUACUUCAUAUUUUUCAAAGAGUUAUAUUUAAUGUACAGAAAGGAACAAAGUCCCCUACUAUUAAAUGUGUAUAACUCAA